AUGGAUUUCUCCGACUCCUUCCGCAUCGUCAACCUCGCCAUUGGCGUGAUCAUGAUCCUGGGCGGCAUCUCGCAGUUCUUCCACGCCAGCUUCCAAUCGAUCAUCAUCGGCGUCUACGUGAUCAUCUUCGGCCUGGCUGUUGGCCUUCUCGAGUUCCAGAUCCCGCCGCAGGUAUCGCGCUACGCCUCGUUCAUGUUCUCGUUCAUCGGCCGUGGUAUCUUCUACGUCUUCAUGGGCUCCAUCCUGCUCAGCGACCACUGGACGCGCUACGUCGCCGGCGCCAUCAUCGGAAUUACGGGCCUGGCGUACUGCGCGCUCGAAUUCGUGCCGUCGAUCGAGCCGCCCGCCAACAUGCGCGAGGCCGACCAGGGUUGGGGCGCCGAGCAGGUAUAG